AUGGAAAAAUACCGUGCUCACUCCCUAUUUCAGCCAUCUAAUUUAGCCAAGGCCGCAUCCUUGACACUUGACAAUUCUGGCAGCUGUACCAGUCAUCUUUACGGUGCAGUAAUAUCAGUGCCACACACAGUGUCGGCACGGGUGACUGCCGUGCUUGGCUUUGAAUUUGUUAUGAUAGAUGCCAGUCAUACUGCUAUUAAUGCCGAAAAUUUAAUUCAGCUUGUUCAAACUAUCAAUUUUACAAGCGAGGGAAAGACAGUUGCCGUGGUACGCGUUCCAUCCACACAUUCCAACUUGCUCACACACGCUCUCGAUGCGGGAGCUUCUGGUAUUAUUUUCCCACACAUUGACACGCCUGAGGAAGCGGCCGAGGCUGUACGGAAGUGUAGAUACGCGUGCUCGGGCGGUGAUCGCUCACUCUCACCAUCGGCUCUUGUAGCUGGUAUCACAGACGUUGCUCCGGGCUCAUCACAUGAACGCGUGGCUGAUGCGAACAUUGCGGUAAUUUGCCAGAUAGAAAGCCCACUGGCGGUUAAGAAUGCAGACAAAAUUGCAGCCAUACCGGGUGUCAAUAUACUGAUGGUGGGAGCUGGUGAUCUACGGCUUUCGUUGGGACUUCCCUCGCGCCGCGUGGGGGAUCAUGAUGAUCCCAAGUUUAUUGACGCCAUAAACCACGUCAUUUUAACUGCAAAGAAGUACAAGAAACCGCUGAUGGCUGUAGCUUUUAAGGUUUCGGCUGGGUCGGACAUGUGGCUACGAAAUUUUAGCAUGUUGAUUAGUAGCGCUGAUAUCAUUAGUAUCGCCAAAGGUCACCAGGUUGAUCUCUUGAAGUUGAAAGAAAUGAUGGGUAAGUGA